AGAGCUUUGGUGGGGCAGGAACUGCGGUCGCGCCACCAUCCUCCGCAUGACGGGUUCUGCGCCGUGUCCGGCUGCCGGGGCGUUGUAACGGGGGGCGCGGGCCGGCGCCUUCGCUUAGCAAAUUCCCCCGCCUUUGCAAGCGCGCCGGUGCUCGGCUCUGGACACCAACUUCUGCGCUCGCCUCCCAGGCCAUGCCCAUGGCCUCCGCGCUGGUGCACGUGGGGAUUCGUGGGUGCCUGCGUGGCCCUGCUGCAGCCUCCCACCGCAGCAGCCCCUGGGUCAGCUUGCUGGACAGAGCAGGCUGGGGAGCGGCUCCUUAAUGAUGCUCCUAAUCAGGGUGGUGAUCCAGGAGCCAUGGGCAUGGAGCCAAGCAGAGACGGGAGGGGUCCUGGAGGGCAGGGCGCUUGUGCUGGAACUGGGCCGGGGUCUUUUAUAGUGGGUAAGAAAGGCAGGGUGCAGCGUUGCGUGACCAAGAGCAGUGUAACGUGCGGGCAAUCCUGGCUUCCUGCUGUAUGGCUGUUGCAAUGGCUGGUGCAAUGCUGGAGCAACCGCCUGCUUGCAGGCUGCUCCUUCCUGCCCUGAUCUCGAUCGUUAACUGAGCGUCUUUCCUGCCCAGGCGCCAGAGCUGCAGGAGGCUGCUGUCUCAAGGCUGUGGCCUGCUGACAUCAGUGUGCCUCACCGCGUGAUCUGGCAGCCUCGUCUGGGCGGCCUGUGCGAGAUGCCUAACGGUGCCAGCACGUCAGCGAUGGGCUUCUGGGGUUCAGGCCUUGAGACUUGGCAGUAAUUUGAGGCGUUGUGCUGCCGAGGCUGGAGGCCGACGUGGGGCUCUUGCUCAGCACCAUGGGGCUUUGCAGAGGAGGCUGACGUCGGAGUCAUUUCCCCCCACGGCCCUCUGGCCUACUCACUCGUUUGCUGUCCUACCACUCGGCCAGCGUCAGGCUUUCCAGCUCUGCCCUGCUUGGAGGUCUUGCUAAGGCGCUGGCUCCUGAAGUCUGAGUCAUGCCUGGUCUGUGCUGGAGACGGGGAUGCAGAGGUUAUCAUAAAGCACCCACCCCACGUGUUGUUCUUGUUUAAUCUCCUGCUCUGCGCUCCUGCCUUGGGGCUGCUUGCCCCACGCUACCCCCCGUGCUGUUGCAGCAUUUCAGCAACGCGCGGCCAGCGCCGGUUUCAGACAAACGUGGGCUGUCAGGCCAAGGGAGGUCGUGGAGCGCUGCCGCGGCGGCUGGGCUGGGCUGGGCUCCGGAGUGCAUGCUGCGUGCACCCUCGCUGCAAGGUGAUCUGAGGUGAGGAGCCUGAGGAGGUGAGUCACAUGAGCCUGGGAAAGCGAUCCAGUAUCUCGGUAGCGAGCUGUGCAUAGACAGCCCCGGCUACCAGGCUGCGAGCGCCGUUUGCCGCAGCAGGGCCGACGUGGCCUGAGCAGCAAGUGUGACGGGGACAGGGCAGAGGUGUGCCGUAUGUGGAAGGUGACUGCUGGAGCCUGGCAGGUGGCAGACUUGUGGGCUGCACCAACAGAGUGACCUGGUUGCAGUCAGGGAGGCGUGGUGCUGAGCCCCCCUCUGGGAAUGGUGGAUGAAAGGUGCUUGGCUCAUUGGUUUGGGGAUCAGGCACGAAGCUGCCCCUCAGAAACGAGCUGGCAGAUGAAAGCAGCCGUGCCGAGCCUGAUGCCACGUGCAUUCGUUAGCAGCAGGCGGCCCUUCGCGUUGUGCCUCUGGCCAGGUGCUUGAAGCACUUAGCGACGCUGGCACGGCUGUCCCCGUUUUGUGGGUGCAGGGAGAGAACCAGGAGUCCGGGUCCCCCGUCUCCAUGUUCCAGCCAGGAGAAGAGAAGCUGCCUGUGGCCCACUUGCUCCCUGGGACUGUGCUGUGUUUUUAAACGUGAGACCACCCCACAGCCACCGGCAGAUUGCAGGCGGGUGCAGGGAGGUCGUGCUGCGUUCUCGUCGCGCGGUCUGCGCUGUCCCCAGUGCCCGUGCCACGCGGUGGGAGAGGGGAUUGAGGAUGCCGGACUCUGCGGCGGUGGGGGCGAUGCAGGCGUCACUCCAGGCUGGCGGCGCGUGCAGAUCUGUUUGGCUGGGCCCUUCCAGUAGGGCAGCAGCAGGGCCCAGGUGCCCUCUGCCCAGCAUCUGCCCACUCCUGGGGCUGCCAUGUGCUGCAGCAGCUCUGCUCAGGGAUGUGAGUGUAAAGGUGAAUGUGUCACGAGCAGCUUGUGACAUUGCCCUGGUGCUGGGGUGCUGCGGCAGCGAGGCCUGCAGUGCUCCCUUGCAGCGGUACCUCCAGAAACAGCUGCGCUGACUCCGGACGCUGCCGAAGCAGUAACAGGAAGAGCCUGGUGGUGGGAACGCCGUCUCCAACCCUAUCGCGUCCCCUGUCCCCACUGCCUGUGCCAACAGCCGGGAGCAGCCCUCUGGACAGUCCCAGGAACUUCUCCACCAGCGCCUCCGUCAACUUCCCCUUCGCUCGCAGCCAUGCUCCUCGGACUGAUAGGGCUGAUGGCAGAAGGUGGUCACUGGCUUCACUACCCUCGUCUGGCUAUGGGACUAACACCCCCAGCUCCACGGUCUCGUCAUCCUCGUCCUCUCAGGAGCGCCUGCACCAGCUGCCGUACCAACCCACCCCCGAUGAGCUGCAUUUUCUCUCCAAGCAUUUCCGCAGCACGGAGAGCGUCACGGACGAGGAGGGCCGGCGCUCGCCCUGCCUGCGGCCACGAUCCAGGAGCCUAAGCCCGGGACGGACGAGUGGAACGUUUGAUAACGAGAUUGUUAUGAUGAAUCAUGUCUACAAGGAGCGGUUCCCUAAGGCCACGGCACAGAUGGAGGAGCGCCUGCAGGAGACCAUCACCAGCUGCUCCCCGAGCAGCACCUUGCCCCUUGCUGAUGGGGUGCUGGGGUUCAUCCACCAUCAGAUCAUCGAGUUGGCCCGAGACUGCUUGGCUAAGUCCCAGGGAGCCCUCAUCACCUCGCGCUACUUCAUGGAGCUGCAGGAAAAGCUGGAGAAGAUGCUGCGAGACGCCCAGGAGCGUUCGGAGAGUGAGGAAGUGAGGUUCGUAGACCAGCUGGUGAGGAAGCUGCUGAUAAUAAUAUCUCGACCGGCCCGCCUGCUAGAGUGCUUGGAGUUCGAUCCGGAGGAGUUUUAUCACCUGCUGGAAGCCGCGGAAGGCCAUGCCAAAGUUGGCCAAGGGAUAAAGACCGACAUCCCGCGCUACAUCAUCAGCCAACUGGGGCUCGCUAAGGACCCCCUGGAGGAGAUGGUUCAGCUGGAUCAGUUGGAUGGUGGGAAUACUGUUGCUCCAGAAGCAGAUGACCCCCCCGAGAGCCGGGCUUCAGCUGCCACUUAUCGAAGGAAACCAUGCGAGAGCGACUUUGAGACCAUCAAGCUGAUCAGCAAUGGGGCCUAUGGGGCGGUGUAUCUGGUGAGGCACAAAGAGACCCGCCAGCGCUUUGCCAUAAAGAAAAUUAACAAGCAGAACCUCAUUCUCCGGAACCAGAUCCAGCAGGUGUUUGUGGAGCGGGACAUCCUGACUUUCGCCGAGAACCCCUUCGUGGUCAGCAUGUUUUGUUCCUUUGAGACCAGGAGGCACCUGUGCAUGGUGAUGGAGUAUGUGGAAGGGGGAGACUGCGCCACGCUGCUGAAGAACAUGGGCCCUCUGCCAGUUGACAUGGCCAGGAUGUACUUUGCUGAGACUGUCCUUGCCCUGGAGUAUCUCCACAACUAUGGGAUUGUGCACAGGGACCUGAAGCCUGACAAUUUGCUGAUCACGUCGAUGGGUCACAUCAAGCUGACAGACUUUGGCCUGUCCAAGAUCGGGCUGAUGAACAUGACCACAAACUUGUACGAAGGACACAUGACGAAGGAUACUCGGGAGUUCAUGGACAAGCAGGUGUGUGGCACACCCGAGUACAUCGCGCCAGAGGUGAUCUUAAUGCAGGGCUACGGGAAGCCAGUCGACUGGUGGGCGAUGGGUAUCAUCCUGUACGAGUUCCUCGUGGGCUGCGUCCCCUUCUUCGGUGACACGCCGGAAGAGCUCUUCGGGCAGGUGAUCAGCGAUGAAAUCAUGUGGCCUGAAGGAGACGAGGCCCUUCCCGCGGAUGCCCAGGACUUGAUCAUGAGGCUGCUGAGGCAGUGUCCACUCGAACGCGUCGGCACUGGAGGUGCGCACGAGGUGAAGCAUCACUCCUUCUUCCACAACCUGGACUGGAACGGGCUGCUGCGACAGAAGGCAGAGUUCAUCCCCCAGCUGGAGUCCGAGGACGAUACCAGCUACUUUGACACUCGCACGGAGCGGUACCGCCACGUGGACUCUGAGGAUGAAGAGACCAAUGAUGAGGAGUCGUCUGUGGAGAUUGGUCAGUUCUCCUCAUGCUCCCACCGCUUUAGCAAGGUGUACAGCAGCUCCGAGUACCUUGCAGCUCACUCAGCCCUCAGCCUCUCAUCUUCUGAGCGAAGUCACAGCGAGGAGAAGGAGGACAGGCCAGAACGGUGGGACAGGAGCUCGGGAGAUGAGGAGAAGAGCCGGGUGUUGAACACAGAGGCCAGGCUCCGCUCAUGGACGUCCUGCGGCUCGACACCCUACUCCUCCCGGCACGAGAGAAGCCAUAGCCCAGCCACCUUGACCAGCACCUACAGCCUGGAGACCAUGCCCAAGUUUGCUUUCUCCUCUGAGGAUGAGAGCCCCUGUCCGGGCCCGAAGAAGCGGGAGCGGCCGCUGUUUGUGCUGGGAGACCCUGAGGCAGGGGCAGGAGGAGCAGCAAAGUCUUCCACGUUGUCGGCUGAUCUCGUCAAUCUGAACCGCAUCCGCCUGCGGAGCAACAGCACCGGGACCAAGAACUCCAGCCCGCGGGGCCUGGAGCCCGGGGCCAGCCGCCGCCUGGGCAGCCAGAAGGAUGCUUCAGAGAGGCAGAGGGCAUCCCUGGGGAGCAGAGUGCCCAAGUCCGCCUCGGUCUCAGCCCUGUCCUUGAUCAUCACCUCAGAUGACUGUGGCAGUGGAGCCUUGAUGAGCCCCAUCUCGCCCCGCUCCCUGUCUUCCAACCCUUCAUCCCGUGACUCCUCCCCGAGCCGAGAUUCCUCCCUCACCAUCACCAGCCUGCGACCGCCCAUCACCAUCCACAGCUCCGGCAAGAAAUAUGGCUUCACCCUGCGUGCCAUCCGGGUGUACAUGGGGGACAGCGAUGUGUACGCGGUCCAUCACAUGGUGUGGAGCGUGGAAGAUGGGAGCCCUGCCCAGGAAGCAGGGCUGAAAGCGGGUGAUCUCAUCACACACGUGAACGGGGAGUCCGUGCUGGGGCUCGUUCACAGGGAUGUGGUGGAGUUACUGCUGAAGAGCGGCAACAAGGUAGCUCUGCGAACCACCGCCUUGGAGAACACGUCCAUUAAAAUCGGCCCCGCUCGGAAAAACAGCUCCAAGACCCGGAUGGCCAGAAGGAGCAAGAAAAGCAGGAAAAGGGACAGCCAGGACCGGAGGAAAUGCCUCUUCAAGAAGAUCUCCAAGCAGUCAACUGUUCUGCACACCAGCCGGAGCUUCUCCUCCGGCCUCCAUCACUCCCUGUCCUCAAGUGAGAGCCUCCCAGGGUCUCCCACGCACAGCCUGUCUCCCGGCCCCACAACUCCUUGCCGCAGUCCUGCUCCAGACCUCCCACCAGACGCUGUCUCCCCGCAGAGCACGUCCCCCUCCUCCAGCACCCCCACCUCUCCCGCAGGACACAUCAGACCGAGCUCUCUGCACGGGCUAGCACCGAAGCUCAGUGGUCAGCGCUACAAGGUGGGGCGCCGGAAGUCCACCAGCAGCAUCCCCCCGUCCCCUCUUGCAUGUACCCCCGCCUCGGUCCCGCAGCCGCCUUCUCCCCAGAGGUCUCCAUCGCCACUGCCAAGUUACACCAGAAACGUUCACUCCUUCCAGGGCAAGACGCUGUCUCCCCCCACCAUUGUUAGGCAAGUGUCUCGGCCCAGGAGCGCUGAAGGCCCCAGGUCCCCUCUGCUAAAGCGAGUCCAGUCAGCAGAGAAAAUAGUCAGCUACAUGGCAGAAAAGAAGACGGUCAGCAGUCACAAGCUCACGCUGGAAAUGCCUCCGAGUGAUGGGGCAGGGGAGGAGCUGGGCGGGGGUGAGAGUCCUGUCCCGGCUCUGCCUGGGGAGCACGGUGCAGGGGCCUACCCAGGGAACCCCCGGCUGAGGGACUGGCCAGGGGAGAGGCACGACCGAGACCAGGAGCUUGUCAUUAUGAGGAGGCUGAACCUGUCGGAGCGCCGGGACUCGUUUAAGAAGCAAGAGGCUGUCCAAGAAGUGAGCUUUGAUGAGCCCGAGCUGCUGCCAGUCAGCGAGGAUAGCGUGAAAGCAGAGCCCGAGCAGGACAGCGAGUGCAUGCUGUGGAGACGUGUUCCUCACACAGCUUCCUGGGUGGAGACCAGGCAGCGGUCAGUGUCUGGGGGCUCUCCAGAGCCCCCCAAACCAGAGCAGAAGCCCACGCAGGUGCCCCAGAUAGCAGUUCAAGGGUCAGAGAGCGAUGAACAGGAGACUAAUGCUGCCGAGUGGGAGUGCCAAGGGUCUUAUCCCAUCCAGCUGAUGGCCAGGGUUUACACCGAGCAAACAGACGGGACUACAGCAGUGGAAUACAAGAGUGUCUCCUCCCAGCGGAGAGACAGCCGGGAGCAGAGAGAGCUCGGCGCGUGGCAAGAGCCCUCGCCAGCUGCCGGGCCCUUGCACAGGACCUGUAGUGGCGAGGAAGCGGUGGGCUCCCCUCGGCCAGCCCAAGCCUCUUCUGGGCUGCUGUUGUGGGAGACCACCGGGACCCAGGAGCACGAGUGCACAGAUGCUGGGAUGCCCAAAGCAAGCCAACAGGAAUUGCACGAUUGCACUCGCAAAAAAGCCAAGGAUGAGUAAUGGCCGUGGCUUAAGGGAAAAACCCAGCUGCACGUGAGCAUGCAGCAAGGUGAGAGGGUUUCAGCUCUGCGCGGACUCCGCGGGGGAUGAGCUUUCACAGAAGCACGUCCGUGUCAGAGACUGGUACGCCGCCCGGUUGUGCUGCACGCUUCCUUCUGUACCCGUGUGUUGGACUUUGACCUCUGUGAGACCGUGUGCAGCCGAAACAGUCUGCAUGUCAUCCCCGGCGGGGGGUGGGUAUGACCCAAUGACUACUUAUAAAAGGCUUUUUGUACUAACUGGAAAGAUGUCCCUAUUUUUGUAGAGCAACGGCAGGUGGCUUUUUUGUGGUAACAGCAUUUUUGUGACAGGCUUGAGGGCUUUUGUAAAUAGAAAGGACUGGAUCCAAAUCUUUAGAACUAAUUUAUUACUUUUAUAAGCUACGAGGAGGAAUUGUGAGAUCUGUGGGGGGGGCUCCCCUGACCUGUGCUGGAGAGGGAGUCACGGUUGUUUUCCAAGUGGUUCGUAGUCCCACCCCGACGGGCACCAUUGGUUUCCUGAUACUUCUGAGGACCGCUUCUUGCCCGUGCUAUUCCUUUGACUCCAGGUGGCCAGGCCCAAAGGGAGUGGUGUGGGGCUGAGCCGUUAGGCGUGGGUCCUGGGCCGGGGUUAGUUGUGCUGGGGCUCUGAUCAUGCAGGCAGGUAUUUUCUUUCCCCCUUCCUAGAAGAGCUGGUCUCCCCUGAAGGAAAAAGUGCUUGAUGCUGGUGGCAGGAGUGUAGGCAGUGCUGUCCUGGCACAGACUAGACGUCCAUCUAAUUCGGUGCCCUGCUCUCUCCAGCGCCCAAUUCCAGGUGCCUCGGAGUUGAGCACAAUUUCCCCUUUGUUCGGUGUGGUUGGUUGGGAAGAAAGCGAAGGAAGUUUAAUGGUUUGUAAAUCUACUCAGACAAAAUUUGGUUCCCAGCAGUAAUGGGGUUGUCUGGUGCUGAGGUCGCUAUUAUCUAUUUUGCCCCCCUCGGGUUUUUUAGCCCUGUCUGGGGCCUCCUGAUGCUGCUGUAGCUCAGCCAGGGGGUUGCAGACGGAGGUGCGGCGCUCCCUCCCCUUCGGUGCGAGCGAGUCCUCCCUUAGGCAAGAGACCCGGGUCGCAAAGCUCAUCAGAUCUGUCCCGCAGUUCUGGAGUCCCAAGCAGGAGAGCUGGCAUUUGUCUCUUUCAGCCAAGAUUUCUGUCCUGCUCUGGGCAAAAGGAGAGGCCGUAGGGAUCAGGCUCCAGGCUGGGCUGGGCUGGGCUGGAUGCCUCCUGCCCACGCUCGUCACUCGCUGCAGGGCUGAUUGUGCUGGGACCUGCAGAUGCUUCCCCAGCAGCAGAGCGGGCGGCGGGCUCUGGAAGCGCGCAGCGGGGGGUACUCUGAACAACGGCCCCUGGAAAAAGCCCACUGUUAGAAGUGGAGUCUGAGUGUGAUCAGAAAAUGAGGCCUGUUUUGACUGAAAUGAUGCUUCCUCCUUUGCCGUGAGACUGCAGCACGUGAGGACUGUUUUGCCCAUCUCCGGGCUGCGCUUUACAGAGAGAGGCUCCGGGUCCUGCCCACAGGCUGGACCUGCCAGCAAGGCACCAGGUUCAGGUACCUCUAGCUGGCUUUCACCUGGGCUUACCUACCCCUGUUUCCCAGCUGGUUCCCGGUCCCAUCACAGCACGCUCCUGGACGGCAGCAGAGCAGGGAAACCUGUCAAUCUGACCGGGCAAGAGCGUCUCCCAAAGCAUUUUACUGCAACCGGAAACCAGGAAGGAAAGCAGCCUUUAGCAUCACCUUCCCUGGCAGCAGUUGCACACUUAGCCCCUUUCCAUUUCAGAAAGCCUCUGCAAUCUCUUCCCCCAUUUCUCCAUCCAAACCUUGCCCCAGUAAGCAAACCAUAACGGUUUCCCCUGCGGUUUCCUCACUUGCCACAUGUGUGUUCUUGCCCUGCUCCGCACAGCUGGGCUCUGGGCUCUCGGCAGCGGCCCCCAGGAGAAUAGAGCAGUGCCCGCUGCCAGGGCAGUUUUUCCCUAUAGUUAAGUUUGCCAGGUUAGCAUUAGCUUAGCAUUUGACUUUUUCCUUUCCAUUUAGAGGUCUCCCCCCUGCCUUUUUUUUUUUUUUUUUUUUUUUAAAGACAAGAAA